CUGCAGUAAAACGAAGUCACGUGAUACGAAAAUGGCGUGUUGCACUUUUUGCGAAAUGAUGUUUUCCUGCAGACUAGAAUUGCUGGGACUGAAGUGAAGGAGUUGAAAGAUCAAUAUGGUUAAGGAAAUAUCUCUUGUUAGUGUGGUGCUUUUCAUAGCGUGUGGGACUCUGGUGUUCAUCAUCAUAUUUGUAUUUGCAAAACGUCAAAUCACCAGAUUUACCCUAAAGUCAGAUAAGUCUCCUCAUGCUCCAAUUGGGAGGGAUGCACCCAAGCAAUUACGGAAUGAAAUUGAUCGGCGGUUGAAGAGGGUGGCUGAGAUCAAGGUGGAACCAAAAUUGAUGUCGCCAUAUUAUGAGGAUGCUUUCCAAAAUGGUAGAACACAUGAUUGUCAUUUUUUAUUCAGAAUGAAAGCUGUAGAUUCAUUAAUGCUUUUAGAUCAGGAGAUUAAAUUCUAUGACAGUCGUUUAAAAAGAAAGGCAGGACAGCAUCUCAGACAGUACUUACUUAAUCUUACGACAGGGCCAUUAAAAAUGACCAAAAUUGAACUCAUUCAUGACUUUGCUGAUGCAUAUGAUAAUGCUCGGCAUGGCCCAGCGACAUUUGGUGAAAAAGAAUUUAUACAGUAUAUGGAAUAUCUAACAGAAAUAGUAGAAAAUAUAAAAUGCCAGAUUCCCAACCGGAGAAACAGUACAGCAAGUGCAGCGUCUGCCACAUCACAAACGGCCCUGAUUACGACGACACUCCUGGAAGGCCGGUCAGCUGAAGUCAAGUACAGGCAUUCAAAACAAGAAGAUUUGAUCUUAUUAGGUUCAUCAAAUCAAGUGUUUCUCUGAGCAGUAGAGGAGCAGAUAACUUGAGCCACAAAUCAGCUGUAGCUUGAAUUGAUGUGGAGAGGUCAGUGUGACAGUAAUGUCAAUACAGACAGUUGUAGAGUGCCACUGACUGUGUUUAUAGAUCCAAGGACAGUUGCAGAUAACUUGAGUUACAAGUCAGCUGCAGUUUAAUGCAGUUUAGUGAUGUAGAGGGUAUAGUGUAACAGGAAUAGCAGUUGUCGCAGAAUCUCCUGUGCUUAUCCCAGCAUGCAACUACGUAUGCCUGUAAAAACGAUUGAAAUAUUCCUGAGACUUGUCUGGGAGGAACAAAUUUACAACCGGAAGACUGGGAUACAAUCCUUUCAAGCUGAAAUUGAACCCUUUUAUUCUAUAGUGUGAUGUCUCUUGUUUCUUAACUAUUUCAGCCCUAUGACCGUUUAAACACGGAUUUUAUAACAUUUCCCAGAUCCUGCUACCGCAUGUACACGCUGACGCCGUAACAAGUUUCUCGUUCAUCAUUGACGAUCUCAAAUGCGAUUGGGGAGCCAUCUACAAGUUGUCUAUCCAACUAAUAGACCAAGUAAAAAUUCACAGACUAUAUUUGGUUCGUUUUAAGUCCACAGGUGGCGUGGGUGUUGAAUCUGAUUUCGAGACGGUCGUAACCAUUUUUUCCUGCAAUUUUCCCUGGAGUUGUGUCAAAAUCGGCUAGGGCUGAAAGAGUUAAUGGGACAAGUGGACGGGUUUAUCCAUGAGUUUAAUUUGUAAAAAUGUUGUAGAGUGUAUUAUAAGAUAAUACAGAUCUAUUGUCCAUUCUGUGAAUGGUGUAUGUCUUGCUAUUUGUAAUAAUCUUGUGAAGAUGCAACUACAUGUAUGUAAAUUGGAAGGGAUUUAAAAAUAAAUAUCAAAAAUUUGCUUCA